AUGGUGCCGUUGGAGACGGAAAAACUGAUGAUUCCAAGUGUGGGAAGCUUGGGAGCAAAUGGGGCGCUUGAGGAAGUGAACAAUGUGUACGUGAAAGAUUGUAGUUUCAGUGGGACUACAAAUGGAGCUAGAAUCAAGACAUGGCAGGGCGGGUCGGUGUAUGCUAGGAACAUAACCUUUGAGAAGAUCACACUCGAUGCAGCUAAAAAUCCUAUCAUCAUUGACCAGUUUUAUUGUGACCGUGAUCACAACUGCAAAAGUCAGGCUUCGGCUUUGUCGGUGGAUUAUGUGAAGUACAUUGAUUUUGAAGGAACUUCUGCGAGUGAGGAGGCGAUCAAGUUAGAUUGUGACCAGAAUUCAGGUUGCCACAACAUUAUAAUGGACCGCAUCAAAAUCACUUCUGCAGUUCCUGGCAAGAAGAUUUAUGCCUCCUGCAGAAAUGCUAUUGGAACUUCCCUUGGCACUACUGUGCCCAAUGUUCCUUGCCUCAAGUCAGGGGACAAACCAACUACUUCUCUGCCAGCUACGCCUUUGCCCGCUACGCCUCUGCCAUCUCCACCUUUGCUCGUUAUGCCUCAGCCAUCUCCGCCUGUGCCGGCUACACCUCCAAUAGCUCUGAUUUUGCCACCUCCGCCAACUCUUCCCUUGCCAGAUAUGCCUCCACCAGCUCCGCCCUUUCCAGAUACGCCUCCGCCAUCUCUGCCUCUGCCUUUGCCAUCUCCUCCCCUACUGGCUACGCCUCCACAAUCUCCGCCCUUGCCGGCUAUGCCUCAUCCAUCUCCACGUCUCUCUCCGCCAUCUCCGCCUCUGUCGGCUACACCUCCACCAGCUUCGCCUAUGCCGGCUUCAAGUUCGCCAACUAAGCCUCCACCAACUUUGCCUUUGCCAGCUCCUCCUACGCCGUUUAAGCCCUAG